AUGGCGACGGCCGCGAACGACGUCGAGCUGCACCAGGCUCCCGAGCCACAGGGCGGUGCUCUGCAGACGGCCAAGGAUCUCUUCUCCGGCGCCGCGGGCGGCAUCACCCAGGGUCCUCGUCGGCCAGCCCUUCGACAUAGUCAAGGUCCGCCUCCAGACGUCGACGGUGCACACGUCGGCCCUCGAGGCGGCGACGGCCAUUCUACCGGAACGAGGGGCGCGCUCGCUUUCUACAAGGGCACGCUGACGCCGCUCAUCGGCAUCGGCCGCCUGCGUGUCGAUCCAGGUUCGGCGCCUUCCACCAGGGCGCGCCGCUACCUUCGGAGGCGCGCAACGCCGGCCACCCGCUGCCGGUGUGGCCCGACCUAA